GGGCAAAGGGCAAAGGGCAGCUUCCAGAUUGCAGAGCACCUCCUUUGAGCGAUGGCCGCGUCAGGGGACCCCGGGAGGCAGUGGCAGGAGGAGGUGGCCGCGGUGGUGGUGGUGGGCUCCUGCAUGACCGACCUGGUCAGUCUUACUCCCCGUUUGCCAAAAACCGGAGAAACCAUCCAUGGACAUAAGUUUUUUAUUGGCUUUGGAGGGAAAGGUGCCAACCAGUGCGUCCAAGCUGCUAGGCUCGGCGCGAAGACGGCCCUGGUGUGCAAGGUUGGCAAAGAUUCUUUUGGCAAUGAUUAUAUAGAAAACUUAAAACAGAAUGAUAUUUCUACAGAAUUUACAUAUCAGACUAAAGAUGCUGCUACAGGAACUGCUUCUAUAAUUGUCAAUGAAGAAGGCCAGAACAUCAUCGUGAUAGUGGCUGGAGCAAAUUUGCUCUUGAAUACUGAAGACCUGCGGAAAGCAGCCAGUGCCAUUAGCAGGGCCAAAGUGGUGAUCUGCCAGCUAGAGGUAACUCAAGCCACUUCCUUGGAAGCCCUAACAAUGGCCCACAGCAGUGGAGUGAAAACACUGUUCAACCCAGCUCCUGCCACCGCGGACCUGGACCCCCGCUUCUACACUCUCUCAGAUGUGUUCUGCUGCAAUGAAAGUGAGGCGGAGAUUCUAACCGGCCUCGCGGUCAGCGGCCCGGCCGGCGCCGGGAAGGCCGCACUGGUGCUCGUGGAAAGGGGCUGCCAGGUCGUAAUCAUCACCUUGGGCGCUGCCGGAUGUGUGAUGCUAUCACAGUCAGAGCCUGUUCCAAAGUACAUUCCCACAGAGACAGUCAAGGCUGUGGAUACCACGGGUGCUGGUGACAGUUUCGUAGGAGCUUUGGCCUUCUACUUGGCUUAUUACCCAAAUCUGUCCUGGGAAGAAAUGCUCAAGAGAUCCAACUCCAUUGCAGCAGUCAGUGUCCAGGCUGCAGGAACACAGUCAUCUUAUCCAUACAAAAAAGACCUGUCACUUGAUUUGUUUUGAUUGCUAUUAACUCCAAAAUAAAUACACCUGAAAAUAAAGUGUACUUGGGGCUGGCCACUCUUAACUAGCAGUUUACUAUAAAACAUCUUUUCCUUCUUUGCAAA